AUGUGCCAACACGGCAAUAGCUCGACGUUGUCCAAGCGGUUCAUCGCUGCACAACUCCGCGCUCUCUGGGAGAACGCGAGGGAAUGCGCCGAGUACGGCGAUCGCCAAGGGAGCGAUGUCGUCGACUUCUCCUCUCCUAACUAUGUCAAGUACCGAUCCGUUCGUAUCUUGGCAGAGUGGUACUUGCCCGCCCCAUCGGUCAAGGGGCCUGUGUCCAAGCGAGACUUACUCUUCGCGGCGUCCUUUGCAGAGCCCACCCUGGAUUUUGUUUGCAACCAUGAAGCUAUCUUGCACCUCAAGAUCCAAACGGGUCAUAUGAAUAUGGCCUACCACACGGUCGAUGCCGCACAUCCUCCCGAUAGGGCACAUAACGUCAAAUUGGACGGAACGGAGGUCGCUCUGCGGAUAACGUUUGAACGGAAGAACGUUACCGAACCUAUAGGUCACGGUUCAUUUGUGCACUAUGUUAUGCUCAAUCACGAGAGCCUCGAUGUCAUGUCCGUCAGAUUGCAAGAGCACCAGACACCCUCUGAUGAAUUCCGAGAAACAUUCGGAAUGUACAUGCGCCAAUACGUCGACUUCCUUCGCCUCGCAGGCCGUUGCGACAUCUAUGACCUUCCUGUCAUCGGCGGCCACACUCCUCACAUCGAUCAUGCAUUAACCCUCACCACCGACACUUUCAGGAGAUUCUGUCCGCCGAACCUUACCAUCAGCGGCCUUGACGCUCGUACGAUCGAUCAUUUCUUGCAAAACCUUCACGAGAAGGCGGUGAAGAACCUUGAGGGCGUGUACGAACGUAUAGUUGCCACUCCACUGGAGCUGAUCGUCGCGGAGAUCAAGAGUGACCAAAUCCCGGCCAGCGCGGGCAGUGGCUUCCAGAUCCAUAUUACGUUUGGCGCACCCACGGUCAACGUCAUCUGCUCUCAGGAGGUCUGCAUUAAUUUAUCCUUGGAGCGAGUAGUGUUGCGCUCGGCCAAGGAUGCCUCGGGGAGACCUGUGGCUGAAUGGUCGGCAGAUUCGCAGGGCCAAUGGGAGUUCGCUGUAAUUGUGGACAUGAACGAAGAAGAUGCACACUUAUGUGUCGACGCUCAAUCCGCUCGAGCCCAUCCAGGAUUUGGUGCUGAACCUAACGGCCUUGAUCAGGAGCACGUAGAUCGCGUCCACAGUUUCCUCGUUGACUAUUACAUCGCUCUCUUUCCGAGGAUACCACUCGACGCGACCCCGCCCAAGGACGAAGAAGAAGAGCCUAUCUCGCCUGACACCGACAUAUCGGACGAGACGACCUCAUCAGAACCGAGCGCAGAGCUUCCCAGAGACAUAAUCCCGGAUAUUACGCUCGAAUACGACCAAACUGUCGCGUUGACCGAAAAGUCGAUCAACGCAUUCUACCGCCAUUGUCGGGACGCCUCCGGAGGGGCUUUGAGCGAAUGGUCUCAUGAUACUUUCUCUGCUUCCUUCCGCCCACUUCGCGUCAAGUUGCUGUCUGGAAAGCGUGCGGUCGUUAUCGUGGAGGUUAAGGAGGGAUUCUUCAAUGCCGGCGACACGUCCGCAACUAACUGCAGCGGCUGGAAGCUAGCAUUUGAGGUGUCUAUCAAGAUAGCUCAACACGAUGAGCUUUAUAAAUCCACGGCUUGGAAUCAGAGGUUCGAGUCUUCGAGUUUGUACGCGUCUUAUGGCGAAGACGAGGAUUGCGUCUUCCACCAUCUCCUGCUCGACUUAGAGGGCGCUACGUUCUGCGAGGAAUUGUCCCGUUUGAGAGGUGCUACGGAUAUGUCGACGAGAACUCGCGCCUUCGCUUUGAAGACUGCGGUGAAGCAUAUACGGUCGUACUUGCACCAACUUGCCCUCGAGGGGCAUCACGUCCUUCAUUCAACCCCGAUCUUCACUAAUCCUGAGGCAGUGGGAAUCACCAGCAUCGACUUCAACGUCACGUCCCCGGAGAUCGUUACCGCCUCCACCUGCUCGGGCGAAGAUUACGAGAGUCCCGUCCUCCUCGUAUUUGGCAUGUGCGGUCAUCGCCAGAUGCCGGAUCCACCCGAAGAUUGGGUCGCUGUUUGGCCCUUGCGCGGCAAGCACGAAAGCAGCACCAGCAUGCUCAUGGUCGACAACGUUGUCUUCCGCGAAGCGUACAUCCUUCCGAUAGUCCUUCGUGCAUUCGAGGGCAUCGGCGCUCAGACAACCAUUGUGCCCGUUUCCCCAGAAGAUUCGGUGGACGAGUGGGCGUUGGGACCGCUCACAACUUGGGAGAAACUCGGUAGAAUGGGCAAGAAGAAGUGGAUGCCCGAUCCCACGGAGGAAGCUGAAUACCUCAAAUAUGCAUGGAGUUACGAUGGUCUCCUGCGACAAGAAGAUCGCUUUACCGGCGGUCACGCUGGCGAGGGAGAGAUCAACCUUAGGUGCAUGACUCGGAAUGAGCUGUUGGUCACCACCGGUUCCUCGUCGGCACUGGAGAUCAUAGUGCGCGGAACGUCUAUGCUGCAUGCGUUCGGACAUGUCGACAACGCAACGUGGAGGGCUCACUCGAAGGCAUCAUGGGAGUCGACCAUUUCCAUUGUUUCAGACGACGUUGGCCUCCACGUUGACUCGUCCACGACGAAGCCUACUGAUAUCCGCUCGGAGUCAGUGGAGGGUAUCGCACCCAUCGAUCCAUCCGAUAUGCUGGCGGAGAAAUUGCCCGUGGUUGUGGACAUGUCCGACGUCUGCGAGAAGCUCCGAGAGAUGUUAAAGGGUGUUUGGAAGUUCGGGUCUCCGAGCAUCUACAAGUACCAGUUCGGAGAUACCGGGCUCACCAACGCCGGCGACUUCAUCGCUCAAUUGAUCGCGCCGAUGCCGCGCAUCGUGAAGGUUCGGGAGGACGUUGAAGAUUCAGGUGCUCGAGCCAGCGAUACCGCAUCAACGGUCCAUCCGCGCGCCGUGGUUCAGGACGACAUGAGACUGGCUCCUCGCGCUACUUCCAUCCAGUUCUCCUCGACCUCUUCCCGACUCAACGUUCCCGGCAGAAUAUCUCCUGCGCCUCCCCGUCCUCCCUCCGCUGAUCGCUCCGGCAGGUCCACACCUCAUCUGCAAGUGAAUACGUCCACAGCGCGCCUUGCUAAUCAAAGAGGUGACCUCCGGAGGGGUCGCUCGCCUCCGCCGCCAAGUAUGCCGGUAACGACGGCCAUUCCGGCUUCUUCGGGUUCGUCCUCUCGCUCGCGCCAGAGUAGCCCUCCGACGCCGCCAACGGCGCCAUUGGCAACAUCCAAGGCCCCGUCUACGUCGCCGCCACCGCCUUUGAGACGCCAGAACGUGCGCGGGAAGAAGCGCGGUUAG